AUGCCAGCUCGUAAACGGCAACGCUUGUCUACGGGCUCCUCCCCAGUAUAUGAAGGAGACGUUCUCAAUCUAAGUCAGGAAGACCUACGAGCCAUGGAUGAACUAGAGGCCAAACUGUCGCAACCAUCGUCGCCGUCACACAGAAAGUCGAUGUCUGGAUGGCUGCAUCGUGAGAGGUCUCCCUGGCGCGAAGAAGUCCCUGGCGGAGGCGCGAGGACAGGUGAAAUGGGUGGUGCUCAGUCGCAGGGGGAGUCAAUCGGGAUACUAGGGGAACCUUCCUCCGUGCGUUCCCUAUUUCAGACUGCCUCUACCGUCCAUCCAGAGUCGGACGACGCGUCGGAAGCUCCGCCAGUGGACAACUACAGCGCUUGGUUUGAGCCAGGUUCCCCCUCGGCAGUCGCAUCCUUCCACACGGCCAAAUCUUUAGUCGUAGAAAGCAUAGAAAGCACCGAAACCGCCGAAGAGGUUCCUUUCAUCGGCUUUAAGAUGACAUCUGACAAGGGUAUCGUCAUGCCUUCAGCUGCUGCUCUGGCAGCUGCGCGAGAUAAGAUGGGGGAAAUUUGGCGAGAUGACUACGAUGAGAAUACAUCCCCAGCUGGCGCAUCCACACCACAAGUAACUCAGCCACCUUCUGCGCCUUCCCCAGCUUUCUCCCCCGAAAGACCUGCUCUUCGUGCUCGGCAGAAUCAGUACUCCCCUGGAACGCCAUCUCCAUCUGGAAUCGCGCCCGCAGGCUCGCUCGGACCCUCUGCAGGGAAGGGAACAGCGAAGGCAUUCCAACCACCAUUACUCAAACCCCCUCCACAUCAAGCUCAAACAGCGGCCAGUCAUAUGAAUUCCCCGCUCAACCCCAACGCCAAACGCAGUGGAUUUCAAUCUGCAGCGCAUGCAUCCUCGCAACAUUCUCAACCUCAACCGCAAGCUCUACCACACACUCCAGCCAGUCUGCCAUAUAAAGUUCCUACUUCGUCCAUGUUUACUACACCUGUUCGACUUGGCGCAGGGACACCCGUCCGUAGACAUGCGCCUGCGCCCUUUAAGACUCCCUUUAAAGCUGGAGUGAGACCGCCACAAGCUUCGUCGCAAAUGACUCCCAAAGCAACACCACAACCAUUGGCUCGAGUUAAAGCUGUUGCUGGACCUUCGUCCCCAGCUGUGUCGACGCCGAAGAAGGUACCGCAGACGCCGGUUAAAUCAUCCUUCUUUAAUUUAACGAAACCACCAAACCGACAUACCCUGGCUUCAUCUGGCCUGCAUCCUCAGUCUUACUCACUAGAUGAUCUUCGCACUUUGGGCAUAGACCCAACUGAACUAUCAGCAAUGACACCCACUCUCGCACCAUUCUACACCUUCCAUACUUCAUCAGACACCCCGGCUCUUCUCACCACACAGGCUACGCAGAUCACGAGGCUCGGACCCAGCGCGGCAUUCGAUCAGCUCAUCGAGCGCGGAUGCACACUUGCUACCAAAUUGUGGGUGGAGAACCACUGGUGCCUCAUCCUCUGGAAACUCGCCGGCAUGGUCGCGCUUGAGCCCGAGAAAGAGGGCGAUCCGGAGACGAAGCGGUGGUGCUGGAAGGAGGUGAUGAGGCAGAUGGUCUACCGGUAUGAAAGGGAGCUGAACGGUGGCUCGCGGCCUCCGCUCCGGUUAAUUGCGACACAAGACGCACCGGCGUCGUGUCCUAUGGUGUUGUGCGUGUCGAAUAUUACGUGGUCUGAAGCAGCCGUUCGGGAAGAUGGAACGAGUGCAGAGCCCUGUCCUGAGCUUGAGGUCACCGAUGGGUGGUAUAGGCUCCGUGCACGAGUUGAUGAGCCUUUAGCCCGCGCUAUACGCGCUGGUACCAUUCGUGUGGGGAGGAAGCUGGCGGUUGCUGGUGCUCGGUUAUCUUCAGAACGCAAAGACCCCAUGGAGAUCCUCGAAGCAUACAACUCCGUGCAGCUGGUCCUCAGCGGGAACUCGUCACAUCUAGCCCCAUGGCACGCGAAGCUGGGAUUCCAGCGCGGACCGUUUGUCUCCACGCUGAAUAGUCUGACGCACGACGGUGGUGUUGUUUCUGUCAUGGAUGUCGUUGUUAUCAAGAUGUACCCCAUCGCGUAUAUCGAGUUCCUGGAGAACGAGGCGGGCGAGAAGUCCCGCGAGGGGCCAAGGACGGAAUCGCAAGAGGCCGCCGUCAUGGAGAAGUGGAAGCGACGAAGGGAAGUCGAGGCCUCGAAGCUGAGGGAAGAGCUGGAGAAGAGGCUUUCCCGGUACGAGUCGUACGCUGAGCGUAUGGAGCAUAAAGCUGGGCCGCAUUUCCGACCUGGUGAAGAUGACGGUCCAUCAGACCGUGUCGAGAACCUAUAUGAUGCGCUGGAAGAUCCCGCCACUGCGAGUGCGACACUGUCUACUGUUAGGGCUUCCGACGCCGGCUGGUUCGCCCGUGUUAUACGCGAGCGAAUCGGGAAGGAGCGCGAAGCAGCCACAGAUGAGAUGGAACGCGAGCUUGAUAGCAUCUGCCCACCGCGGAACGUGCGCAAUUUCCGUGUUCUGGAGGUGCAGGAUACGUGCACGCGCCGGAGGCCUGCGAAUCGCACUGCGCAGCUCACUGCGUGGGAUGUGCUGAAGCUGACGUUUUCGGAGGGGGGAGAGGCGGGAUCGUUCCAAGUGGGACAGAGGUUCCAGGUUACGAACCUCGUACCGAGUCAGCGGAGUGCGUGGAUGGAUCUCGAGCCCGGGUCGAUGGUGUACCUCAGCACCCGCAACGAUACGCGAUGGACGAAGCUCAAGGCGACUCAACAAUCAAUGUGA